AUGAACAGCACGUGUAUCGACGAGCAGCAUGACUUGGACCACUACUUGUUCCCAGUCGUCUACGUCUUUGUGGUGAUAGUCAGCAUUCCAGCCAACAUCGGUUCUCUGUGUGUGUCUUUUCUGCAGGCAAAGCAAGAAAACGAACUGGGCAUUUACCUCUUCAGUUUAUCCCUCUCGGACCUGCUGUAUGCCUCUACUCUCCCUCUGUGGAUCAAUUAUACUUGGAAUAGAGACAACUGGACGUUCUCUCCUGCCUUGUGCAAAGGGAGCGCUUUUUUCAUGUACCUGAACUUUUACAGCAGCACAGCUUUCCUCACCUGCAUCGCGAUUGAUCGCUGUUUGGCAGUGGUCUACCCACUGAGGUUCUUUUUCCUAAGGUCAAGAAAAUGCGCAUUCGUGGUCAGCCUCACCAUCUGGAUUUUGGAAACCAUCCUCAAUGCUGUCAUUCUGUGGGAAGACGAAACAGCUGUCGAAUAUUGUGAUGCCAAGAAGUCUAACUUUACUUUAUGCUAUGACAAAUAUCCUUUGGAGAACUGGCAAAUCAGGUUUAACUUUGCUAGGACGUGUAUAGGUUAUAUAGUACCUCUGGUCGUUAUAAUGACUUGCAACAAGAAAGUCUACCAAGCUGUGCGGCAAAAUCAAGCCACGGAAAACAGGGAAAAGAAGAGAAUCAUAAAACUACUUAUUUGUAUCACGCUGACUUUUGUCUUGUGUUUUACUCCCUUUCAUGUGAUGUUGCUGAUUCGCAGCAUUUUAGAGCAUGAUAUGAACUUAAAAGAACAAGUGUUUCACCAUUCCAAGUCUGGGAAGCAGAGUUAUAAGAUCUAUAGAAUCACAGUUGCAUUAACAAGUUUAAACUGUGUUGCUGAUCCAAUCCUGUACUGCUUCAUAACUGAGACAGGAAGAUCAGAUAUGUGGAAUAUAUUAAAGUUCUUUACUGGGAAGCUUAAUAAACCAAAAAGACAAAGAAAAGGUGUACUUUCUGUAUCUGCCAAAGAUACUAUAGAAUUAGACAUCCUGGAAUAG